UCCAGGCAAGGGCUCCGUUGCCAGUUUAACUGCAGUUGCGGCCGCGGCGAAGGCUGCGCUGAGCGCUCCCGCCCUCCUGCCUGCAACUCCCCCUCCACCGUUUCCCUUGGAGUUGACUGGGCACCGUAGGCUCAGGGCCUGAACUCGGGCCCGUCCCGCCGCCGUCAUGGACAUGAAGAAGCUCAUCUAUUUGGAGUUACAAGACCGGACCCCGCCGGAUGUCAAAGAGCUUGUUCUUGAUGACUGCAGAUCAAACAAUGACGAAAUUGAGGAACUCUUAGAAGAGUUUGUGAACUUGGAGUUUCUCAGCUUAAUAAAUGUUGGACUGGUCUCUGUCUCAAAUCUCCCUGAACUCCCCAAAUUGAAAAAGCUUGAACUCAGUGAGAACAAGAUUUCUGGAGGCCUUGAUGUAUUAGCAGAAAAACUUCCUAACCUCACACAUUUAAACCUCAGUGGAAAUAAUCUGAAUGAUAUUGAUACUUUGGAACCCUUGAAAAAGUUGGACUCUCUGAAGAGCCUUGACCUGUUCAACUGUGAGGUAACAAAUCUAAAUGACUACCGAGAGUGUGUCUUCACACUUCUUCCACAGCUCACCUAUCUGGAUGGAUAUGAUCAGGAUGAUAAAGACCCUUCUUUUUCAGAAGCUGAAGUAGAUAGUUUUGGUGAGGAAGAUGAUGAUGAUGAUGAAGACGAGGAUGAGUACGAGGAUGAGUAUGGUGAGGAGGAAUCACUUUAUGAUUGGUUUGAGUAUGGAGGAGGACAAGAUGAAAAAGAUGAAAUUAGUGGAGAGGAGGAACUGCUUGGGCAUGAUAGUGAAGAAGAGGAAGAUGAGGAGGAAAAUGAGGAAAACAAGAAGGAAGACGAGGAGGAGAAGGAGGAAGAUGAAGAGGAUAGUAGGAAAGGUGAAAAGAGAAAAAGAGAAACAGAUGACGAAGGGGAUAAAGAUGAUGACUAA